UUUAAUGGACAAGGAAGAGAUAUUUGUUUAGGUUUCGUCUGGACAACACACUUACUUUUCUUUCGUCAAAGAGCCUGACUCUUUUUAAAUCAUUAGAAUGCCGUUGUUUGCCCAAAAUCCAUUUGACCAAGAUGUUGAGAAGGCAACCAAUGAAAACAACACAACAGAUGACUGGGGGCUCAUCAUGGACAUCUGUGAUAAGAUUGGAACGACACCCAACGGACCAAAGGACAGCUUGAGAUCCAUAAUGAAGAGAAUCAACCACAAAGUGCCUCAUGUUGCCAUGCAGGCCCUCAAUUUGCUGGGUGCUUGUGUGUCAAACUGUGGCAAAAUAUUCCACCUCGAAAUCUGCUCAAGGGAGUUUGCCGGUGAAGUACGGAGUGUUCUGAGCAGGGCUCACCCGAAGGUGUGUGAAAAGCUAAAGGCUCUGAUGGUGGAGUGGGCAGAAGACUUCCAGAAGGAUCCACAGCUCAGUCUGAUCAGCGCCACCAUCAAGUCUCUGAAAGAGGAGGGCAUCAGCUUCCCCUCCGCAUCUUCACAGGGGUCCACUGUAAAGGUCGGCACACCUGCUGUGAGCAAAGCAUCGGAUGAUGACAACCUGGCCAAAGCCAUCGAACUGUCCUUGCAGGAGCAGAAGCAGCAGGCGGAGACUCGGCCCCUGACCGUGACCUCUGACCCCCAGAACUACACCAACAAUGGCGGGGGGCAGGAGGUCCGGAAAGUGCGUGCACUGUACGACUUCGAGGCGGCUGAAGAUAACGAGCUGACCUUCAAAACUGGAGAACUUAUUCUGGUUUUGGAUGACAGUGAUCCAAACUGGUGGAAAGGAGAGAAUCACAGAGGAGUGGGGCUUUUCCCCUCCAACUUUGUUACGACCAAUCUGAAUGCUGAGCCAGAGACAGUGGCUUAUGUUGAAAAGACCGCCAGUCCUGAAGAGGUGCCCCUGGAAACCAAAGUUGAGCCUGAGCCCGUCUUCAUCGACGAGGGGAAGAUGGACAGAACGCUGGCAUUGCUGCAGAAUGCAGAUCCUGCAGAUCCGGCUCCUGACUCCACAGAGCUGAUCCAGCUGGAGGGUGCUUGUGAACAGAUGAACCCGAUGAUUGAUGAGAAGCUACAGGAGAUUGACAGGAAACACUCAGAGUUGUCAGAGUUGAAUGUGAAAGUUCUGGAGGCCCUGGAGCUUUACAACAAGCUCAUGAACGAGGCUCCGUUCUACUCGGCCUACUCCAAGAUGCAGGCGCAGUACGCACCCACCAGCUCAGCUGUAGCCAUGCAGGGUUACCUCGGCCCGGCCGGCUCUCCCUACCUGCCUCCAUCGAUGCCCCAGGUUUCUGCCGCGCAGCCCUACACUCUGCCCAGCGACCCAGCCACAUCGCUGCACUCACUGCCACCCAACGUGUCAGCCCCACCCAACAGCCAAGCUGCUCAGCCUCCCUACAUGAGCAGUGGUAUGAACACGCAGUACAUGAACCAAGCUGCUGGAGCUCAUUACCCACCCCAGGCAGGCGUGGCCAUGGACAUGUCGACCUAUCACAACUCCAGCAUGCCUCCCGUGUCCUAUCCUGUGGCCGCUCCCCCUCACCAGGCUCCUCAGCAGCAGCAGGCAGCGUAUUAUCAGCAGCCUCUGCUGUAAAACUCCGACUGACAGCAGACCUGAGAUGGAUGCAUACUCCAGCUGUUUCUGAUUCCAGCGGUGUGGUCAUUUGGCUCACCUUGUGUGAGCGUGUGUGUUUGAGUGGUGUUUGCUUUGGGAGCGUUCCUUUAGUCAUUUUGUGUGCCUGAUCAGCUGAUUUGAACACACCCCAUGAAGGGUGAAAUAACUGAGGUGUGUAUGUAACGCAGGCCUGCUGUCCGCUCAGGAGAGUCAGGACUCUCUCCGUGUGCAUGUCCUCAGCUCCUAUAUGUGAGGCUAAACAUGCCGUCAGGAGCUUUCUCCUGUCCCCCACCUCUUUUUCCUGGCUGACAGUGAACGCAGCGCUGGUCUUCACAAACGUCACAGGUCAACACAGAAGAAGACUUGGGUUUGUCCACCAGUACGGGGCCAUCUAAUGAGCAGUCAUUGCCUAAUUCUGAAGAAAUUAGCUUUUUACAGCUUCUACUUCAACACAAUGCUACUCCCACAGUAUGUUAUUUCUGAAUUGACCUCCUGCAAAGAAUCUUCGCAUAUCCUCUUCUGACGUAGUGGCAGAGGGUCAGGCCAUGUCCACACUGAUGUCGAUAAAUGUGAAAAAUGCUUCUUCUUCUCUCCAUUAUGGCCUUGUAUUUACACUACCAUGUCUAUACCAGCCAUGUAGCGAAAGCAGCAUGUCAGCAGUCCCCUGUACUGCCUAUACUGGAUACCUUCAGCCACAGUACUGUUGUGCACUGUGCCUCUAUAGCCCCCCUAUAAUACAAGAUCGGUGUAAUUACAUGCGCACGUAGGAAUAAAGUGGACUAAAAUAGCAACUCUGCAUGUAAAAGGCGAGUGAAACAUGGGUCUGUACUCAAGCCUUUGCGCAGCUGGUUUAGACAGCUGUAUUGAUAAAACCUUAAGUAUAUCUGUCCUGUCACACGCUUGUGAGAUGGAUGACUGAAAAACGUGUCCAGUAUAGACAGCCUGCAAGCUGACAAAUCAUACAACGAUUCAAAAACGUUCUUCAGAGGAAAUAAUACUGAGAACAGCGGUCUCAUGUUGGAGUGUGGACAGGGGGAACCCGGCUGGUACAGACUGCUUUUCAAUCAGUCUUCACAGACGUGCAUGAUAUGCUAGUGCUCUUGCUACAGAGCUACACUUUGACACUUUGACACCUAAAUGGCAUUUUCAAAUGUAUCUGCAUUAAUGUGCACAUGGCCUGAAUGUUUUGUUUUUCUUUUAGGUUUUAAUGGCCGUCUUGUUUUUAAGUCUGUAGGUGAACGUGAUUGAAACACCCUGGAUUUGUGUGAGAGCUCCAUGUGUCUGCAAAGCCAGCACUUAUCAAAUAAUGUGUGGGGGCAGGGUGUGGGCGCUCGCUUCAGGACAAAGUGUGAAGUCAUUGAGAAGGCAGGAGCUCCGCUUUUUCCUUUUUUCUUCCUCACCAGCAUCCAUCACUGUAGCUGAUCUGUGUCUUGGAAAGAAUUUCUGAAGUACAAACUAUAUUUUCAACUAUCAAAUAUGUAUGUCAACAGUUAUAUUUGUGUAAAUGGUGCAUCAACGUUCCCAUAAACCCACUGCCUUGCAAUGCAUUCUGCAUUCGAGAUAUUUAAGAUGACAUUUAUGUGUGUAUGUGUGUGUAUAUGUGUGCACGUUUCCUUUUUUACAUAUGUAUGUAUGUAUUACGUACGUAUGUGUGUGAGGGCUUCUCUGUAAUUGGUUCUUUAUCAUUGUAAAUUGACAUUGAUUUUCAUAGGGAUUGUCAGAUUUUAGAUUGAUCUGAGGAAUAGUUAGUUGGAUUUCUUUGUGUGUUUAUUAAUCUCAUGAAAGGCCGCGUCUGUUCAUGAUUAUUACAUCACUACCUUCCUGCCUGUCGUCUUCAUGUGCGGGCUCUCUUCCAUUCAGCAGAACCCGUCAGAGUCCGUGUUUUAUGCAAAUACACGAUAUUGAGAUUUUUCAUGUCUGUGUGCUUAAAUUUCAGACUUGUCAGUGACAUCGCCUGUACUUUGAUUUAUAUAUAUUGAAACAAUAUACAUGUGUAAUUUACAUGAUUGGAGAAUGUGUAAUUAUUCUUGUUACCCUGCCUCUGCUUUUACUUUCACUGUUAAGGAAAAAUGUAAGUGGAACAGAAUUGUCAGAAAGUUCAGACAUCAUAUGUUGCUGUUAACAUGAAGAAAGAGAAGUGAGACUAUGAUUAUACCUGAAUCCUACUGUUCUUUUAUUCUGAAGUUUUAAUGUUAAGGAGCAGCUUUCAUAGAAUCCACAGUCCUGUUGCAGUAGCUGCGUAGUUGUCAUUUUAUCCACAACUGUUCCUUUACCAGCCUCAUAUUAAAGGCAUUGUAUAUUAGAUGUAAAAUACCUGGUUUUGUCAGUGACAUUGACAUUGCACCUUAGCUUUGUAAACAUGUAUUUACCACUGGAUGCCUUGUUUUUCUGUAGAAAUCAAAGAAUGACACGGACACAACUUUGGCGACUAACUUCAGUCUCAGUAUCCGCUGGAUAUGUAUAAUUCUGUAUAUUUAAAAUAUUCCAGGAAAAGUCCCUUUAUCCAGGAUUUUAAAAAUGCUUUUGUAACAGAGCAAACUUAUAAUAUUCUUUGAAAUAAAAAAAAGUGACCUGU